AUGGCGGAGUCUCAGCAGAGCCAGGAGGCCAGCGCAGGGGGCACUCAGAGCCCAAAAGCUGACUCUGUUGGUUUUGAGGAUGACCAUGAUCAGACUGCACAAGAAACACCAGUGCCAGAGAAUGAAGCUCUUUCUCCCACACGCGUCACAGACAGGAUAUUUUUCAUCGAUUUAGCCAACAAGCAACUGCGAACCAUCUCGUCAGGGGUCUUGAGUCUAGAAUAUCUGGAAGAGCUGCACAUGGAAAAGAACCUGAUCGUAAGCAUCCCCAGAGACAUCAAUCGCCUGAGGCACAUGAAGGUCCUCUACUUGGAUCAGAAUCACAUACAGGACAUAUGUGAAGAACUCGGGGAGCUGAAAUGUCUUCUGAGCUUAGAUUUAAGUAACAAUCCCCUCUCUUGUAGUUCACUGCCAGUUAUCAGCAAGUUGCAGUCCCUUCGUCAGCUCAGGUUCUAUAAAACAAACUUGCAUGAAAUCCCAGUGCAGAUCUGUGAAUACCUGCAUCAUGUUGAACUGCUUGGCCUUUCUGACAAUAAUCUCAAGUGUCUGCCUAAAGAAAUAGUGAACCUGACAAAACUCAAGGAAAUUUACCUCCAGAAAAAUAGAUUUAAAAGUUUUCCCAAGGAGCUUUGUCAGAUUGCUAAUUUAGAAAUAAUAGAUCUGGAACAAAACCUAAUCGGUUUCAUCCCAGAAGAGAUAGGCUUUUUGACAAACUUAGUUAAGCUAUUUUUAGCUUUUAAUAACUUAUCCUCCAUUCCUCCUACACUGCAACACUGCCAGAAGCUGGCUGUGCUGGAUCUGUCUCAUAAUCUCCUGCACAAGCUUCCCCCAGAUUUGAAGAAUCUCACCGAAAUGAGAGUACUCAGACUGUCCGCCAACAGCCUGGAGAAGUUCCCACGUCAGAUCUGCUGCUGGCCGUCCCUUUCCCGUGUUUAUCUGAGGAACACCGGACUGCGCACAGUACCCAGGUCUUUCACCAGAUUAACCAGUGUCAGGAUACUAGAUCUGAGUGAAAAUUGCUUUGAUGAGAUUCCUAAGAAUAUGAAAAAUCUGGAAGUAUGGGCCCUGGAUGGCAAUCAGAUACAGAAGAUACCUGAGGAGGUGAAAGAACUGACAAAUUUGAAAUGCCUUAGCCUGUCUGAAAACCAAUUCAGUAUCUUUCCAAAUGCAGUCUUUCUCCUGGAGCCAUUAGAGAGAUUAUACCUGGGACAAGAAAAAGGAAUUAAAUUCACAAGUCUGCCAGUAGACAUCAGCAAAUUGCAGAAUCUGAAAGAACUGCAUAUAGAGAAUAAUUGUCUGGAGUACCUGCCCGCAGCCACCGGCUCAUUGACCCACUUGAAAAUACUCGACUGUCGCAACAAUCUCCUUAAACAGCUCCCAGACUCUGUAUGCCAAAUACAAGGUUUGCAAAAACUGCUUGUUCAGAACAACCACCUGUCCCGGCUGCCGGAGGAUCUGGACAGUCUUCAGCAGCUGGAGCUGGUCCUUGUGGAUGGGAACCCUAUGAGACCCCCAAUUGAAAUGUGCUGUCAGGGGACAUCUGCCAUCUGGGAAUACUUAAGGGAAAAAAGGUAUAAAAAGGCCAUGAACUUAACGACAGGGGUGUUAAGAAAGCCAGCACAAUACACAUACAAAGCUGUGGUUUUAGUAAUAGAUACUUUGCAGAACAACCUACGGGGCACUCGAUGCAACAUCAAAAAUGUCUUAAAGCACUGCUUCCAUCAGCUAUGGCAGCGCAGUACUUCUGUCACUGAUCACGUUAAGAAAGGAAAAGGAAAGGGAAAAGAGAAGCCUGUAAAAGGAUCAGAAGCCAAAAAGUGA